AUGUCGCCCGCGCUUGUCAAGAAGCCUAUUCUCGAAGCUGAAGAUGUGGGCUUGAAGACCGUCAGUAUCAAGGCGCUGAUGGACGGCAAUCCAAAGGUGCAUGAAGAUCUCCUCGCUGCGGGUGUGGACUCAGGCUUCUUUUAUCUGGAUUGUCGAGAUCAUCCGUCGGGGGACUUCCUGCAGCGAAUUCGACAAAUUCACGAUGCCGCGAUGGAAUGGUACGAUGAACCUCAGUCGGCGAAGGACAAGUGGGCCGCUGACCAUGACCACAUCAAGGGCGAGGAAAUCGUUUGUGGAUACAAGCCGGCUGGUGUCCACACUGGCCCUGUAGAGGGCAAGCGAGAUGGAUUCGAAGGUACUCUGGUCUUCGAGCACGCUCUGAACAAGUUGCCAGUGGAUGAGCCGAUGCCAGCUCCUCCGGCUAUCAAGGAAAAGUGCCAAGUGUUCCGCGACACUAUGCGCGAACUCGGUGACAUGGGACGUGUUGUGUUCGAAAGCCUGUCCAAGUCACUUCAACUCGAGGGAGACAGAUAUCUCCCUGGGUGCCAUCGACAACCUGAGUCUUCCACUACCGCUCUGGGAAUGCUCAAGUACCUAUGUCCCUUGGACUCCCAAAGAGUGAAUUCCCAAAUUAGGAUUGGCGUCAAGCUGAGCAACAUUAAGAGAGACGCUAACCCCUUUGUAUGUUUAAAGCCUGAAGUUGUAGGCGUAACACUCCUGGACCUUAGCGGGGUUGCUCCACUUGACUUGACUUACUCUAGACUAUAG